AAGGUGAAGAAGGGCCUGCGCGUCUCUGGGGUCAGAGCCAGCAGCCCCUCCGUCUGGGAGGUCACGGAGAGCACGGACUACAUGGGCAAGUACGCGCCGGCGGUUGUCGUUUGUCAGAAGACAUCUGCGGGCUCGGAAAACAGUGCCAGCGGAGCUUCCGAUGAGGUCAUGCAGAUUGACGUGGAAAUCCAAGAGCCCAGCGACCCGCCUGCCACCCAGCUGGUCACGUGGCAGGUGGAGUACCCAGGAGGCGUCACAUCGGACUUGGGCGUCUCCAAGAUCUACGUGAGCCAGAAGGACCUGAUCGGCGUCAUACCACUGGCCAUGGAGGCAGAGAUCCUGAACACCGCCAUCCUCACUGGGGAGACGGUGGCCGUGCCGGUGAAGGUGGUCUCUGUGGAGGAGGACGGCACGGUGACAGACCUGCUCACGUCUGUGCAGUGCAGCUCAUCCGAUGAAGACGUCAUCAAGGUGUCCGACCGCUGCGACUUCGUCUUUGUCAAUGGGAAGGAAGUGAAAGGCAAGGUGGGUGUGGUGGUGAACUUCAGCUACCAGCACCUCAGCGGGCCCCUGGAGAUGACAGUGUGGGCACCGCGCCUCCCGCUGCAGAUCGAGGUCACAGACGCCGAGCUGAACCAGGUCAAGGGCUGGAGGGUCCCCAUCGUCCCCAAUAAGAGGCCAGCUCGGGACAGCGAGGAGGAGGACGAGGACGAGAGGCGGGGACGAGGCUGCACGCUGCAGUACCAGCACGCCAUGGUGCGCGUCUUGACACAGUUUGUGGCUGAGACGGCUGACCGCGGGGGCCACCUGGCCCACCUGCUGGGCUCGGACUGGCAGGUGGACAUCACGGAGCUGCAACAGGAAGCAGCCAUCAGUUGCUGGGUCCAGUUCAGUGAUGGCUCUGUCACGCCCUUGGAUAUUUACGACGGCAAAGACUUCUCCUUGACGGCCACGUCCUUGGAUGAGAAGGUGGUCUCCAUCCAGCAAGACCCUAAAUUCCAGUGGCCUCUAAUCACUGCUGAAAGCGAGGGGCAGGGUGCUCUGGUGAAGGUCGAGAUGGUCAUUAGUGAAUCGUGCCAGAAAUCCAAGCGGAAGAGUGUGCUUGCUGUGGGGACAGCCAACAUCAAAGUGAAGUUUGGCCAAAACGAUGCCAACCCCAACACCAGUGACAGCCGACACACGGGAACAGGAGCUCACCUGGAAAAUAGCGCCUAUGACAGAAGACCUAAAAAACCCUUGCAAGAGUGGCGGAGUCAAGAGGGACAGUUCUACGACAGUUCUUCCACGGGCCUCUUGGAAGGAAGGGGGUCCACCACAGAGAGGUCCACCUUCCAGAAAAACAAUGGGCAGGAAAGCCUUUUAGACAAUGACAGCCACCUGCAGACCUUCCCGGCGCAGGUAGACCUCCCCAGAAGCCAUGGGGAGACCGACGAGGGUGACCUUAGCCAGGCAUCCAAAGGGCUGAGCGACCUGGAGAUCGGCAUGUACGCUCUGCUGGGUGUCUUCUGCCUGGCCAUCCUGGUCUUCCUCAUCAACUGUGUGACCUUUGCAUUGAAGUACAGGCACAAGCAGGUGCCCUUUGAAGAACAGGAAGGUCUGAGCCACUCCCAUGACUGGGUUGGGCUGAGCCACCGGACAGAACUGUUGGAGAAUCACGUGAACUUGGCGUCCUCCCAAGAUGAGCAAAUCACCGCCUUUGACAGAGGCAUGGACUUUGAAGAGAGUAAGCAUCUCCUGCACACCAACUCCCCAAAGAGCAUCAACGGGCAGCUGUUCCGAUCUCCAGGACCCGCGGUCGUGGACGGGAUAGAUCAGAAGGGCGAGCCACCAACGUCCCCUACCUCAAAAAGGAAAAGAGUGAAAUUCACCACCUUCACCACCGUCUCGCUGGAGGACGGGUACCCCGCUGUGCACUCCAUAGUGACCGGCGGUGAGGAAAACGCGAGCUGGGACCUGGACCCCGGGGAAGGCCGAGAGCAACACAGCUACCUGGAGGGGUGACAUGAAGGUGUGUAAGCCGGACGUUCGCAGGCAGUGCUUCCCACUCACCUUUCGGCCUUUAAUUUGGAGAUGCGCGGCAGCAGGGGAAGGGACAGGACAAGAUGCGGGGAUGACGCUCUCCACAGAGCCCCGGCAAACGUCCCUGGCUCAGCUGGGGAGGCCCGAG